AUGGAGUGGUCGAAUGAAAAAGUUUUGACAUUGAUAGAAUUGUAUCACAGUCGUCCCGUUCUUUGGGAUUGUAAAUUAAAAGAUUAUAAAGAUCGCAACAAAAGACACGAUGCUUUUAUUGAAAUUGCCGUUAGUUUUGGCGUAGAAAAAGACGAAAUUGAAAGAAAAUUGAAAAAUUUGCUGUGUCAUCUUUCACGGGAAAUUAAAAAAGAAAAAGACAGCGUAAAAUCUGGUGGUGGAACCGAAGAAGUUUACAAGAGCAAAUGGUUUGCUUAUGAGAGUAUGCUCUUUCUGAAAGACAGAAAUCGCCCUAAAGAAAUGACAGACACACAGGUAAUGAAGUUUUUUUUUUAA